UCGGAGUCUCUUGCCUGCAAAGAAGAGUUUCUUCUAGUGAGAGAAAUUGUAGAGAGAGAGAGAGAAAUACAAGGAUAAAGAAAGGAACAAAACUGCAACUUUGAGAAAGAAAAAAACAAAUACCUGAGAGCUAUAUACCUUAAUAUGUUUCUGAUUAUCUAUACCUUCAAUUUUGUUUAGGAGCUCACUUUCAAAAUUGGGUCAUUUUUUUUUCUUGGCCUAAUCUGAUUCUGGGGCUAUACAAUUUGGUCAUGUUUUUCUGAAUUGUAUAUGGGUUUUUGUUGAAAAAUUAUUUGACUUUGGAGCUAGAAGUGAAUUUUAGGAAGAAGAUGUCUUGGAAAAGCAGAGGAGAGAAGCCUUCAGGGAGCAUCAUACCUCAAAAAUGGGCUCUUUUUCUAUGUUUAGGCAGCUUCUGUGCUGGAAUGCUCUUCACCAAUAGGAUGUGGAACGUUCCUGAAACUAAAGAUAUUACAAGAACAACUUCAAUGGAAGCUGAAAAACUAAAACUAGUCUCCGAGGGUUGUGGUCCAAAAUCUUUGCUUCAGAAGGAGGUAAGACGCGACCCAAAAGACAUUUAUGGGGAGGUUUUUAAGACUCAGAAUGCAAUACAAACGUUGGAUAAGACCAUUUCAAAUUUAGAGAUGGAGUUAGCUGCAGCAAGAGCUGCACAAGAAUCCAUACGCAGCGGUGCUCCCUUAUCGGACAACUUAAAAAAGACUGGCUCAUCUGGGAGUGGGAAGAGAAAAUAUCUUAUGGUUGUUGGUAUUAACACUGCUUUUAGUAGCCGGAAAAGAAGAGAUUCAGUUCGAGCUACAUGGAUGCCACAAGGCGAGAAAAGAAAGAGGCUUGAGGAGGAGAAGGGCAUUAUCAUUCGAUUUGUCAUUGGUCAUAGUGCCACAUCAGGGGGUAUUCUAGACAGAGCUGUUGAAGCAGAGGACAAGAAACAUGGAGAUAUUCUAAGACUGGACCACGUUGAAGGUUACCUUGAAUUGUCUGGCAAGACAAAAAUAUAUUUUGCUACUGCUGCUGCUUUGUGGGAUGCUGAUUUUUAUGUCAAAGUUGAUGAUGACGUACAUGUAAAUAUAGCAACGCUUGGAGAAACGCUAGUCAGACAUCGGUCGAAACCACGGGUGUACAUUGGAUGCAUGAAAUCUGGUCCAGUCCUUGCACAAAAGGGAGUGAGAUACCAUGAACCUGAAUACUGGAAAUUUGGCGAAAAUGGAAACAAGUAUUUCCGUCAUGCCACCGGACAGCUAUACGCCAUUUCAAGAGAUUUGGCUCAGUAUAUAUCAAUAAACCAGCAUGUCCUGCAUAAGUAUGCUAAUGAGGAUGUCUCUUUGGGAUCUUGGUUCAUCGGACUUGACGUGGAACAUAUUGAUGAUCGAAGAUUAUGUUGUGGUACUCCACCUGACUGUGAAUGGAAGGCCCAAGCAGGAAACAUCUGCGUUGCCUCAUUUGAUUGGACCUGCAGCGGGAUAUGUAGGUCAGCCGACCGGAUCAAAGAAGUCCACAGGCGAUGCGGAGAGGGUGAGAAUGCUUUGUGGAGUGCUUCAUUCUAAGCGGCAGCUCUUUCAGUUCCUCCAGCCUCAGGAAGGAUUUUCGAGCUCCUAGUACAAAAGCAUACACACGUAUUUUUGACUUUUUUUUUAAUUUUUUAUCUUUUUAGUUGGGGUAUAGUAAAAUUGUACCAUCACAUAUAGAGAGGGAGAGUGAGAGAGAGGGAGAAAUGUGCUAAAUGGGAUGGGACCACCUCCAUUUUAGUAUAGGAGAAUGGCCAUUGUAACAGCCCAAAAUGGAAGCAGAGCUAGAGGCUGACAACCACAAUUCUUUGAGGCUUGAAGAGCCAAUUUGUAAGUUACAGUUCUAUUAUGGCUUAUCAAGUGCUUAAUAAAUACACAUAUUUGUGGGGGA